AUGGGAGUCCCUAUUUCUCACCCAAAUACCAACCGUAAAAAAAAGACAGUGAUUGUGGUUGGCGGUGGUUACGGUGGAGUAGAAGUCGCUAAACGUUUGGAUAAAACGAAUCAAUUUUGUGUCAUACUUAUCGAUCGAAAAUCUUAUUUCCUUCACAAUAUUGCUGCCUUACGUGCAUCAGUGGAAAAAGAUUAUGCAAAACAAAUCCUGAUACCGUAUGACAAAUUGUUGACCAACGGAUGCGUCAUUCAAGCAGAAGUAACCAAAGUUACUGCAAAUCGCAUUGAAAUCUACGGUCGUUCAACGUCGCUUUUAUUUGACUACUUAAUUAUAGCGACAGGUACAACUUAUUCUUUUCCAGCUAAAGACGCCGAAAUUAAUCAAUAUGAUGUUCUACCAAAAUAUGACGAGGUACGUAACAAAAUCGAACAAGCAAAACGGAUUGUUAUUGUGGGUGGUGGCUCGGUCGGGUGUGAAUUAGCUGGCGAAAUAGCUACCGAGUUCAGGAACAAGCAAGUAACAGUGGUUCAUGCGAAUAGUACACUAUGUGAACAAAACUUAUUUAAUCCCAAAUUCUACGUAGCAGCAAGAGAACAAUUGGAAUCGCUUGGUGUCAGAAUACUGUUUAACGAACGUCUCGACACAGAGAGAAUUUCGCAACAAUUCAGACUUAAGGACACCAAAUAUCUCGAAGGGAUAAAUACCCUUAGAACCGAUAAACAGACAAAACUUACAGCCGAUCUUCUGUUUAUGUGUACGGGAACCAAAAUGAAUAACAAGAGUCUAGACGCGUUUCGAUCCCACUUCAGCCCUGAUGGACGAAUAGAUGUGAACAACUAUUUGCAAAUCGAAAACUAUCCCCAUAUAUUCGUUAUCGGGGACAUAAGCAGUAAAGAAGAAAAAAUGGCUUUUUAUGCCAUGAAACAAGGUGACUAUGUAGCAUCAGUGAUUGAAGCCAUGCACAACAAUAAAGCGUUCAACGAGUAUCAACCAGCCCAAAAUCCCGCUAUGUUUCUGACUAUUGGAAGAAAUGGUGGAGUUGGCCAAUUACCGACCAGGGGCGGAAUGGUAGUAGGAAAAACUUUGGUGAAACAAUUGAAAUCGAAAAGUCUGUUCACAGCCAGAUUUUGGUCACUAUUGAAUCAAAAGCAGUCAUCGACCUUAAUUGAACAAACACCAGAUGAUGUCGAAAGAGCCCACGGAUAUUACAAAAAAAUAAAAACAUUGUUGGCAAUGGAUCUUACAGAAGAACAAGCAAAAGAUUUGCUGGGGGAAUUGCCCAAAACAGCGGCAGAGCUCAAUCAAAAUAACAUGGAAAAUCAUCCAUUAUGUAAAAGUUCUUUAUAA